AUGCGAAUAAACGUCCUGAAGGCUUGUCAUUGGCGUACGAAGGCAACAGCAGUGACAAUCUCGAGAGCAUUAUGCGUGAAUGAAAAGGUGUCCAAGUUCCAGGGGAUAAAACAAAACCUUGCAUGUCGCUCGACCUGUAAAGACAGAAGAUGUAUGUACAAACUGGUCUAUGACUCACCUGCAAAGCAGUCAAAGCAGCGAGCACAGCCAAUUAAAGACAUUGAAGAGAUCGUGACUACAAUGACGGAAAAGACGAAGAUUGUUUUUGUGCCGUACAACUAUCUCAUUGACCCUUUGGCACGGCGAACGGUCGGUAUUUCCAUCGAAAACUCGAUUCUGAUCUUUGACGAGGCACACAAUGCGGAAUUGAUUGCAAGCGAAGCCGCGUCAUCUAGUCUUUCAUCGAACGAUAUUGUGGUUGCGUUUCAGAGUCUAACAAUCGAGUCGAUCCAAACGUUGCAAGCUCUAUUUAUGGAAAUUGACAGGGGCCUCAAUAAUUUUCCGGUGUCUUUGAGUGGAGGCUUUACCAAUCCGGGAAAGUACAUAUUUGAAUGUUUUGAGCAAUUCAAUGUAAAUUUCGAGACGUGCCUGCUUGUCUUAAGCAUGAUUGAGGAGAUGGUUGAAGAGCGCACGGUGGAGGCGAUUCCCACAGAGCUGCAUCACAACUUGAUACGAUGUUUUCGAUUUUGGGCACAGUUUGUUGGAGAGCAAAGAACAACAUCUGAUGUAAGCUUGUGUGCAUUUGCUCGAAGUCUUUGUGUGCUGCCUCUGAUGCUUGUAUUUGUAUUUAGUCAGCGAGCUACUAUCGAGUCCAUUGUCAAGAAGUACGAGAAAGUAAAGGUAUGUUUGCGAUUCGUUGCGGCCUUGUAG